CAACUUUGCGAUGGAGUUUGUGCGGGCGCUGUGUUUGGGCCUGGCGCUGGCGCUGGGGCCGGGGUCCGCGGGGGGCCACCCGCAGCCGUGCGGCGUCCUGGCGCGCUUGGAGGGCUCCGUGCGCCUGGGCGCCCUCCUGCCCCGCGCGCCUCUCGCCCGCGCCCGCGCCCGCGCCGCCCUGGCCCGGGCAGCCCUGGCGCCGCGGCUGCCGCACAACCUGAGCUUGGAGCUGGUGGUCGCCGCGCCCCCCGCCCGCGACCCCGCCUCGCUGGCCCGUGGCCUGUGCCAGGCUCUGGCGCCUCCGGGCGUGGCGGCCCUGCUCGCCUUUCCCGAGGCUCGGCCAGAGCUGCUGCAGCUGCACUUCCUGGCGGCCGCCACCGAGACCCCCGUGCUCAGCUUGCUGCGGCGGGAGGCGCGCGCGCCCCUCGGAGCCCCGAACCCAUUCCACCUGCAGCUGCACUGGGCCAGCCCCCUGGAGACACUGCUGGAUGUGCUGGUGGCGGUGCUGCAGGCGCACGCCUGGGAAGACGUCGGCCUGGCCCUGUGCCGCACCCGGGACCCCGGCGACCUGGUGGCCCUCUGGACAAGCCGGGCUGGCCGGGCCCCACAGCUGGUCCUGGACCUAAGCCGGUGGGACACAGGAGAUGCAGGACUGCGGGCACGCCUGGCCCCGAUGGGGGCACCAGUGGGGGGUGAAGCACCAGUACCCGCGGCCAUCCUCCUUGGCUGCGACGUUGCCCGCGCCCGUCGGGUGCUGGAGGCCGUACCUCCCGGCCCCCACUGGCUGUUGGGGACGCCACUGCCACCCAAGGCCCUGCCCACCACAGGGCUGCCGCCAGGGCUGCUGGCGCUGGGCGAGGUGGCACGACCCCCGCUGGAGGCUGCCAUCCAUGACACUGUGCAGUUGGUGGCCCGAGCACUGGGCAGUGCAGCCCACGUGCAGCCAGAGCGUGCCCUCCUCCCAGCCGCAGUCAACUGUGGGGACCUGCAGCCGGCUGGGCCUGAGUCUUCCGGGCGCUUCUUGGCACGGUUCCUGGCCAACACGUCCUUCCAGGGCCGCACAGGCCCCGUGUGGGUGACAGGCAGCUCCCAGGUACACAUGUCUCGUCACUUUAAGGUGUGGAGCCUGCGCCGGGACCCACGGGGCGCCCCAGCCUGGGCCACGGUGGGCAGCUGGCGGGAUGGCCAGCUUGACUUGGAACCGGGAGGUGCCGCUGCAAGGCCCCCACCCCCGCUGGGUGCCCAGGCCUGGCCCAGGCUGCGUGUGGUAACCCUGGUGGAACACCCAUUUGUGUUUGCCCGUGAUCCGGACGAAGACGGGCAGUGCCCCGCAGGGCAGCUGUGCCUGGACCCCAGCACCAACGACUCGGCCACCCUGGACGCACUGUUUGCCGCGCUGGCCAACGGCUCAGUGCCCCGUGCCCUACGCAAGUGCUGCUACGGCUACUGCAUUGACCUGCUGGAGCGGCUUGCGGAGGACACGCCCUUUGACUUCGAGCUGUACAUCGUGGGUGACGGCAAGUACGGUGCCCUGCGGGAUGGCCGCUGGACUGGCCUGGUCGGGGACCUGCUGGCCGGCCGGGCCCACAUGGCGGUCACCAGCUUCAGCAUCAACUCCGCCCGCUCACAGGUGGUGGACUUCACCAGCCCCUUCUUCUCCACCAGCCUGGGCAUCAUGGUGCGGGCACGGGACACGGCCUCACCCAUCGGUGCCUUUAUGUGGCCCCUGCACUGGUCCAUGUGGCUGGGCGUCUUUGCGGCCCUGCACCUCACCGCACUCUUCCUCACCCUGUACGAGUGGCGCAGCCCCUACGGCCUCACGCCGCGUGGCCGCAACCGCAGCACCGUCUUCUCCUACUCCUCAGCCCUCAACCUCUGCUACGCCAUCCUCUUCGGACGCACGGUGUCCAGCAAGACGCCCAAGUGCCCCACGGGCCGCCUGCUCAUGAAUCUCUGGGCCAUCUUCUGCCUGCUGGUGCUGUCCAGCUACACGGCCAAUCUGGCUGCCGUCAUGGUCGGGGACAAGACCUUCGAGGAGCUGUCGGGGAUCCACGACCCCAAGCUGCACCACCCGGCUCAGGGCUUCCGCUUCGGCACCGUGUGGGAGAGCAGCGCGGAGGCGUACAUCAAGAAGAGCUUCCCCGAGAUGCACGCGCACAUGCGGCGCCACAGUGCGCCCACCACGCCCCACGGCGUGGCCAUGCUCACGAGCGACCCCCCCAAGCUCAACGCCUUCAUUAUGGACAAGUCGCUCCUGGACUACGAGGUCUCCAUCGACGCCGACUGCAAACUGCUGACCGUGGGCAAGCCCUUCGCCAUCGAGGGCUAUGGGAUCGGACUGCCCCAGAACUCGCCGCUCACGUCCAACCUGUCCGAGUUCAUCAGCCGCUACAAGUCCUCCGGCUUCAUUGACCUGCUCCACGACAAGUGGUACAAGAUGGUGCCUUGCGGCAAGCGGGUCUUCGCGGUUACAGAGACCCUGCAGAUGAGCAUCUAUCACUUCUCGGGCCUCUUCGUGUUGCUGUGCCUGGGCCUGGGCAGCGCUCUGCUCAGCUCGCUGGGCGAGCACGCCUUCUUCCGCCUGGCACUGCCGCGCAUCCGCAGGGGGAGCAGGCUGCAGUACUGGCUGCACACCAGCCAGAAAAUCCACCGCGCCCUCAACACGGAGCCGCCAGAGGGGUCGAAGGAGGGGACGGCAGAGGCGGAGCCCAGCGGCCCCGAGGUAGAGGAGCAGCAGCAGCAGCAGCAGGACCCGCCAACGGCUCCAGAGGGCUGGAAACGGGAGCGCCGCGUGCGCUUCCUGCUGGAGCCCGCUGUGGUGGUGGCGCCCCAAGCGGACGCGGAGGCGGAGGAUGCGCCGCGAGAGAGUCCCGUCUGGCUGUGCUCCAACGGCCGCCCGUCCGCUGCAAGGCCCACGGGAGCCCCGCAGCCCGGGGAGCUGCAGGAGCUGGAGCGGUGCAUCGAGAUAGCGCGCGAGCGGCUCCGCCAGGCCCUGGUGCGGCGCAGCGAGCUCCGGGCACAGCUCGGGGACAGCGCACCCCACCGGCCUCUGCGCUUGCUUCAGGCCACAGGGGCCCCCCGGGAGGACCCACCACACUCUGGCCAACAGGGGGGCCCGGAAUAAGGUGGCAGCCAGGCCCUUUGGGCUCAAGACACACACACAGUGCAGUGGGCCGCUGUCGACAGUUUAUUCUAUAUACAAAUACAAUUUUGUGCACUGCAAUUAAAUAGAAUGGAAUGAGCGCUCCUC